CACACACUCACACAGACAAGCCAAUAUCGAGCCCGAAUCUGAGCCAAGAGAUAAAAUACCCGAAAAGCCGGAAAACCCGAAAACCAUGUCAACCAGCUUCAAGUCGAGAAUUCCGGAGCGCGUCAAGCACUCGCUGACGGCGCUGCAUGGGCCGCUCUCGCGGGUCUCGCGCUCGGGGAGCAUCGCCCGUCCCAAUGUACGCGGUACGAUGUACCGCUCCAAGUUGCCGCUGCCGAUCAGGAUGCUGACCGCCUUGGUCAGGGAAGUGCCGCCGGAAGCGGUGGUGGCAGCGGACAGCAGGAGACCGGAAACGGAAAAGGAGACCGAGGCGGUGAUCCGCUCGCUAGUGCGACGCUCGAUACCGCCGGCGGUACGCGGCAAUCGCACCUCCUUCCGGCGCAUCCAAUUGGCCCACAGUUCGCCGCAGGUGGCCAGCGUGUCGCUGACGAUGGCGCCCACCAAUCGCUGGCAGAACGCCAGCGCACUGAGUCCGCAUCAAAAACCGCACACGGUGCAGCCUCCGGUUGCGCAGGUGGAGCAGCGCCAUCGGCCCGAGGACGAGGUGGUGUCCGCCAGGGGCCUCAUCGAACUGGUGGCCGGCAAGUGGCAGCCGGAAAUGAAAAUGACGCGCUUCUUGUGCAGCGAUCAUCGGCUGAUCAACGUGCCCAGUCGCCUGAUGUACCGCUACUCGGAAGUGAUGUGCCACCUGGAGGUGGAGGAGCAGCCCAUCGAGCUGCGGGCCAUCCGAUCGGUGACCCUGCUCCGCCUGGUCAUGUGGAUGCACCAGAAGAGCCUGAGCGAGAGCGAGAGCGGAAACGGAAAUGGUAACGUUGAACCGCUGCUGACAGCCGGACGCGAGCAGGGUUGCAUUUGCGCCGACCAGAGUAUUGCCCAGGAACAAGGAAACGGAAACGGAAGCGGAAAUGGAAAUGAAAACACCGAGAACAGUUGUGAAAUCAUUGAGAACACUCAAGAAAACGAUGCAAGCAUGGAUAUAAAUGCCGAAUCGAUUAUAAGCGAAAUGUUUGAUGCCUACAGCGGUAGUGAAGAUGAAACCCCUGAGAACAGUUCUGAGAGCAGUGAGAGCACUGAGGCUUACGAAAGUGUCGAUUUUGAAAUACGCAAUGGCUAUGAGAAUGCCAAGAGCAGUUGCGAAAGGACCGAGCAGAGACUAUUUAAUCGAAUUUUUAAAGUCUACAAUCAAAGCGGGUAUGGAGAUGCUGAGAACAGUGGCAAAAACUGCGAGAAUGCUGAAAAUGUAAUAUACAAGAAAACUACUGACUACACCGAAGGAAAUGCUGGAAAUGCGAUGGUCGAAAGCUGUAUACUACAUGAUAUAUGCAAAAUGGCGAACUUUGCGAAUGGGAUGCGUUUCAGAAGUGCAGGGAACAUAACCUCAAACACUGGGAACACUCAGACGAAAGCUAGAACCGGAAAUGACCUCCGUAAGGAAAGCGGAAGUGAGCAAAAUGCAAACAGCUGCGGAAGUGGCGGGGAAAAUACUAGAAACAUUGUGUUUGGGAACAAUAGUCAAGAUCGUUUUGUAUUUACUCCCAAAACUGUUGGGAUUUUCAGGGAGAACAGUGGCAACGGGGACGAGAACGGCAAAGAGAAGGGAACAGUCGAAGGCAGUUGUUUAAGUGAAAAUAUAUUUCGUACCAGUGGGAAGCCAAAUUUCAGUGAAAUAAAUCAAAAUGGCAAUGGAAAUGAGAAUGCGAAUGCAAACGACAGUGGGAAUGCAAGUGAGCAAAGAGUGCCCAUCGUUGAGAGUUCAGGAGGUGAGCUCAGCUCCUGGGAGCAGCGUUUGUUGGGCGGCGAACUCUACCAUCUGGUAGAGCUCAUCCUGGCCGCGCACUACUUGGGCGUGGACUCACUCACCCUGCUGGCCACCCACCAUUUCGGCGAGCUGAUGGCCCAAAGGACUCGCACGGAAAUGAGCCUCAUGCUGAAGAUACGCACGCAUUUGGCGGGUGUGCGUCAAACGCUGGAUAACCAUCGUCCGCGUAUCCGUGAGAUACUAACGCAGGAGAGUCCUGCGAAACAGACGAAUCAUUUGAGGCCCCAACAAGGAAGUCCUGCUUUUUCUGCGGUCAACAAGGAGCUGGAAUCGGGUCCCAACAGGUUGUCCUCGAUUCGAUCAGCCCGAAGAGCCGCAGCUCCGUGCGCCAUCGAGAGCCCGGCUCCGCUCUGCUCCAACAGACAUCGCCACCACCAGAACUGCUUUCACUCCAGCUUUUAACUCGAAAUCCCUUGGAUUGUAAAGGCAAUAGAGAGCUUUUUUACUCAACUUUGUUUGUCAAA